AUGGCCCCAUUUCCUUUACCCACCCUAACAGUCACCAAUAGCAGCAUAGAAAGAAGCCAGCCUCAGUUGUGUGAUAUAUGGAGAGAUAUUCAGGGUGCUAACAAUUGGAAUGGUUUUCUGGAUCCCAUGAAUCCUAUUCUCAAAGGUGAAGCACUCAGAUAUGGUGAUUUUGCACAGCUUUGCUAUGAUGCAUUCGAUGGUGAAAGUUAUUCCAAAUACUACGGUACAUGUAAGCAGUCUAAAAGAGAUCUAUUCAACAAGAUGGGUAUGUCUGGAUGCGGCUAUGAGGUCACUAAAUAUAUAUACGCAAAUACAACUGGAUUAAGCCGUUUCUUUGGUGAGAAAUCUAAAGGUAAAUAUUUUUGGAUUGGUUUUAUUGCAGUUUCUACAGAUCCAAAAGAGAUUAAGAGGCUUGGACGACGUGACAUAGUAAUUGCAUGGAGAGGAACCCAGACAUUUCAAGAAUGGAUGCAAGAUCUUCACGAUUUUCUUGUACCCACAAGCCUAUCCUACAAAAGUGACGGACACCACUAUCAUCAACCACAUGGCAUACGAAUAGAGAGAGGAUUUCGGCUCUGCUAUACUUCAACCAUUGGUGAACAUGAAAAUUCUCAAGGAAAGAUGACCACCAUGACCACAAGAGAUUUGCUAAUUGAAGAGGUAAAUCGAUUGCUCAAAGUUUAUGAGAAUGAUAUUGCCAAUUUAAGCAUAACUUUUUGUGGGCACAGCUUGGGAGCUGCUCUUGCUACUUUUAGUGCAUAUGAUGUCAAACAAAUGCUAAAUAAUAACCACUUGCAUGAUAUUCCUGUAACGGUGUUUUCCUUCGCCUCUCCAAGAGUAGGAAAUCUUGCGUUCGCCAAACAGGUGGAGAAAAUUGGUGUUAAGGUUUUGAGAUUCGUCAACAAACGGGAUGUGGUCCCUCAAGUUCCUGGAGUUUUUAUGAACGAGAAAAUGGGGUGGCUGAGCAAAUUGUUGAAUUGGCUUCCAUGGACAUACUUUCAUGUUGGCGUGGAGGUUUCCUUAGCGAACAACUCUCCUCAUCUUGACCACACUUGCAAUCUUGCUUAUCUUCAUAAUUUGGAGGUUUAUCUUCAUUUGCUUGACGGCUAUGUUGGACGUAACAAGCCAUAUUGUUCUUCUGGAAGAGAUGUUGCUCUUGUCAAUAAGAAGUGCGACAUAAUCACUGAAAAGCUUGGGAUUCCUCCACAUUGGUGGCAACUAGAGAACAAGGGUCUCAUCAAAGGUACAGAUGGGAAAUGGCGACAACCUACAAGAUCAAUAAAGAUAGCUGAUAGCGACGAGGAGUAA